UGGUGUAGACGCUUCUUUAAUUUCGCAAGCUUGGGGCUAGUUCCCGUAGGCGAACUUUACAACUAUCUCUUCUCGUAGUGCUAGUUACUUCUUUAUAUUAGUGAUGUGUGCUUAAGUGGCGUAAAGUGUUGUGUGUUUAAUUGUUUUAGUGUAAGUGUAAAUAACAACUGGAAGACAUAAUAGUGAGGUUAAUUAACGAACGCUCCGCAAACGAGUGCUCAACUAAUAUUGGUUUAGUAGCAGACAAUAGGUAUUUUUAUCCGCGGUACAAGACGACCGAACAAACGGACAGAACCGCACCUUAUUCUAUUUAGAGAUAUUAAGGCAAAAGAAAUAAUAUUACACAGCUUUAUUAUUAAAUCAUUUUCACUUAUGCUUCACAGCUUAUUAAAUUCUAAAUCGUUUUAAAGAUAUUAACGUAAUAAAUUACAGGUCUGUGUAUAUUUUUUAUAUUAAAAAAAAAGGUUUAAAAAAAAUGUUAACGUUGAAAUUAAAAAACAAUUCACUAACAGUUAAGUGGAAAUUCAAACGCGAAUAAAGCGGGUCCAAAUUUGUGAAUUUAGUAGUUUUUUUACUGAGAACUGUAGCGAAGCGUGAUAGUUGUGAAGCGAAAUAGUUGCGAAGCGUUGUAGUAGAAACAUUAGUAUGGCGUCGCCGUCGAGUACGCCCAAGGCGCCGUCGCCCCCGCCCGGCCACACGCCAAGCAAGAUGGAGAGGAGGAUGUCUCACUUCAAGGAGUACAAGUUCUUCCGUUCCUUCAGCGCCAAGGUGGAGAACUGGCCGAUGAGGAAGGCGGAACAGCUGUGGAGGAAAAUGCGAGAGAGAAAAAUUGCAGAGAUCGAAGCGACGGAAGCAUGCAAAUGGCUACGAGCAGCUGGUUUCCCGCAGUACGCGCAGAUGUACGAAGAUCUCCAAUUCCCUAUAGACGUGUCCGGAGUACAGAACGACCAUCCAUUCCUCGAUGCAGACUCUUUGCAGUCCCUCUUCAGACGACUCACGGCCCUGAACCGCUGCGCCAACAUGAAGCUGGAACACCAUCACCAUCAGAAGAGAUCGAACGACUCUGACGACGAGCAGUGUGCGCUGAGCGACAAGUGGCAGUACGAGAGGAAGUCGCGGCGGUGGUCGCGAGUCGUCGAGAUCACGCCGCAAGCGCAGCGCCGGCUACAGUUAAUAGCAGCGAAAGCUUUAGCGGAAAAAGAGGCACGAGAAGCAAGAGGGGAAGUAGAAGAUGACGAGGACGACAGCCUGCCCACCAUCAGGGUGGGGCUGGUUGACGCGGACGGUCAUUACACUGAUGUUGAGCCAGACCUAUUAACUAUACCAGGCCAGCCAGUAAUACAGUUACCGAGUGACAAAGAAGAUGAAGAGGACACUGGUACCAGAUUUCGAAGGACAGGCUCCGAACGUCUCAGAGACGGCGCUAAAGCCUUUCUUCGAAGAGUCGAAUCUCUCAAAACGAGGAGAAGAAAACGGCAAAACAGAACAGAAGUUAUCGUCUCUUCUCCUCAUUUCUUAGAUACACAACAAGAUAGAUAUCCAGAAUUGAACUACAUAGAUAUGACUCCUACCUCCCCAACUGCGUUUCCCUUCCCUGACUUUAACAGUUCUCCUCUCCAUGCCCCAGCAAUUAGAACACAACCACCUUCUCCCAUGACUAUAAUGCCACCAUCCCCUAUAGCCCCUUUGGAGCAAUCCUUUGUACUGAAUCCUCCUUUUGGAGAUGAUAGCUCAAGUUAUGCAUCCGAUGGUAGUAUGGGUUCGAGCAAUAAAAGUACCAAGUCCAAGCUUGGACGGGCAAAGAGAAUUUUUCAUAGAGGCAUGAAGAAUGAUGAUUCCAGUGCCCUAAGUGACUCGGAAUGUCAGCCGGCUAGUUGGAGACACAAUUACUAUAAGGAUCAUAAUACUCAUCACACUACUGAGGUGUACGUAGAACCACCGUCACCAGUGGAGCUAAAGCCGGAUCCGGAGAUCUUGCGCGAGGUGCAGAAGUCACCAGGGCACACGCCACACAGGCGGCAGGCUAUCAGGACCAGCUCGCUAAACCUCGGGAAGGAUGGACAAAAGUUCCGGGACAGAAGUCUCAAAAGAGAUAAAUCAGCAUCCAGAAGUUCAGAAUUGAACAGCAGCCCGAACUCGGCUGGCUCUCGCUCGCACGACGGGGAUCAGGAUGACGAUGACGAUAGCCUCGAUAUCAAAACUAAGAAAAACAACAUUCAGAGAUGGUACUCGUUUCGGACAAGUGCACUCAACGGUGGACCCAAAGCGAAUAAUACCCUCCAACCGGUACCCAACCAAAAGGACCCUGAGACUUAUUUGUCGCGACCAAUGUCAUCGUUAUCAUGCGGGCAGUUGCAUAUACUGAGGAAGCUAGCUCUUCUACGACUGACAGCGUGUAUGGAGAGAUACUGCCCCUCACACAAAUCUGGAUGGAACUGGGAACUUCCCAAACUCAUCAGAAAGAUAAAAACCCCAGAUUACAAAGAUAAAACAGUGUUCGGUGUACCUCUAACAGUGUCAUUACAAAGAACAGGCCAUUCCUUACCAAAACCAAUACAAUCUGCGUUGAAUUGGUUGAAGAACAACGCAUUGGAUCAGAUGGGCAUAUUUAGAAAAGCUGGUGUUAAAUCACGUAUAGCGAAACUUCGGCAGACAGUAGAAGCAGCGGGGGCAGCGAACGCGCCAUUUGCAAUAGAGAACAUCAAUACAGUAGAUCCUAACCAAUCGAACCUUAACUUCGACGGAUCCCAAGCUCAUGAUGUCGCCGACAUGGUGAAGCAAUACUUCAGAGAGUUGCCUGAUGCACUGCUGACCAAUAAACUAAGCGAAACCUUCAUUGCUAUAUUCCAACAUGUUCCCGAACCAUUAAGACCUGAUGCGGUACAGUGUGCUUUGUUACUGUUGCCUGAAGAACAUUUGGAGGCGUUGCAUUCCUUAUUGAUAUUUCUAGCUGAUGUGGCGGAGCACUCGGCCGUGAACCAGAUGACAGCGUCGAAUCUGGCGGUGUGCCUUGCACCCACGCUGCUGCGGCUGCACCACGCGCCACCCACCACUGGCAGCACCAAAGAGGGCAACUCUAACAGAAUGGUGAUUGAGAGCGUUGCUGAUCAACGUCAGAUAAGUGAGAGUCGCGCUGCUCAUGCCUGCCUCUUGCUACUAAUACAGAAGCAUAAACAGUUAUUCCUAGCACCUGCUGAUAUGCUGGCCCGCUGUAAAUUCAAUUACUUCGAAGAAAGUGUACCGGUGGCGUUAGAAGAAUUAGGUGGAGAUUUUAACCAAGACUGGAAAGGUUUCCAGCAGGCGUGCAUUAAAGCUCUACUCAAAGAAGCCAAAGAAAAAACACGUGGAUGGAUGUCGGUGUCGGGCGCAGCUCCUCACGUCGAGUUGUGUUGCAAGAAAGUGGGGGAUGGUCACCCGCUGAGACUGUGGAGAGCUACCACCGAUGUGGAAGCGCCGCCCCAGGAGGUUAUGCAAAGAAUACUCCGAGAGCGACACAUAUGGGAUGACUCGUUGAUCAAGUGGCGUAUAGUGGAGAAGCUGGGCACCAACGCUGAAGUGUUCCAGUAUAUUACUGCGUCCAGUGUGGGCCUGCCGCCGAGGGAUUACUGUGUUCUAAGGUCGUGGCAGCAAGGCGGUGGCAGCGGCGGCGCCGGCGGUUGGUGUGCGGUGGCGGAGACGUCGGUGGCGCACGCCGCUGCGCCCCCCGGCGGCGCAACCGGCGCGACAGGCGUGACCGGCGCGACAGGCGUGACCGGCGUGACCGGCGCGGGCGGCGCGGACGGCGCGGGCGGCGCGGGCGGCGCGGGCGGCGCGGGCGGCGCGGGCGGCGCGGGCGGCGCGGGCGGCGCGGGCGGCGCGGCGCGCGGCGUGGUGCUGGCGUCGCGCUACCUGGCGCAGCCCGCCGGCAAGGGCCGCAGCCGCCUCGUGCACCUCGCCAGGGUCGAUACCAUGGGUCGUACACCGGAGUGGUACAACAAAUGCUACGGCCACAUCUGCGCACUGUACUUGGCGAGAAUACGCGCGUCGUUCAAGCACAAUACAGAAGGACCCGAGUCCAACGUAUGAUCCAAGCAUUCCACUUAGGCGGAACUUGCAGUCUGCUUAAGUUCUCCUAUGUUACAACACUGGCGAAUGUCGUAAAAAAGUUGCAAGUUCAAACUUUUUUUCUUAACCCAAACUUUAUUGUAGCUUAAGGAAGUUUUAAACAUUUAUUGCGUCGAUAUAUAAUAAUUGUUGAUGUGUAUGACUGUACACUAUAUUUUUACAGUCAUAAUUAAUAUUAUUAUUAUUAUACCCAAUUUCAAAUCUCAAUAUAAGGUAAAUGAUAUUUUUAUCGUCAUACCUAGAUAUUAUAUUCCAUUAAAAUUAACAAGUUUGACCAAAUUUCUGAUGUUAGUGUAAAUAGUUAAGUUAAAUAGUUAUUACAAUGAGCAUGCAUAAUAGAAUAAAUUAAUAAACCUACCUCCACGUUUCAAGGAUUUGUUGUCCUCUAUCAUAAUCCUUAGGGAGUAACUAAUAUCCAAUUACAAGCAUACUGUUAUAAUUAGUUUUAUUUAGAUAUUUAUAUAUUUUUAAAUAUACAUUCUCCCCGUGGUGCGUUGUGUAUAGCGUAACAUAUUUUAAUGUUAAUAUUGACUAAUAAAUAACAUAUGAAUAAAAAAAAAAA